AUGAACACGAAUGGUAAGCUCUAUGAGCCAAAGAGUGGUGCGUCUGUAAUUUGUUUUGGCCACCCAUUACUUGAUAUGAUGGCGAAUGUAGACCAAAGUUUCCUACUGAAGUACGAAAUUCAACCAGGCAGCGUCAGUUUAGCUCGACCAGAACAGCUCCCACUCUUUGAUCAUCUCCUGGAUGGCAAUCUGAAGGUAGAGUAUGUACCUGGUGGAUCAGCUAUGAACACUGCACGGACGUUUUCAUGGGUUCGACCUGAUGCUCAUGUGUCUUACAUCGGUGCCCUCGGAAAGGAUAGAUUUUCUAGCAUUCUCAAGAUGGCACUUUCUCAAGCUAAUGUAGAGCCUCUCUUCGAGGAGCACACCACAAAGCCCACCGGCACAUGUGCAGGACUAGUUUUUCAAAAGGAGCGCUCUCUUCUUGCCAACCUGGGGGCCGCCGUGGAGCUGUCCUUACAGCACUUUAAACAUCCCGAUGUCCAGCGCAGCAUUCGGGAUGCUUCGUUGUACUACGCCGAGGGCUUCUUUCUGAACACCGUCUCCAGUCCGCAAGGAUUACUCGCGGUUGCUCAGCACUCGAAACAGUAUGGGAAGAUUUUCUGUCUUAACCUCAGCGCACCUUAUAUUUCUAUAGCUUUCCGAGAUCAUAUUGCUGCGCUUAUGCCCUUCAUUGAUUAUAUAUUUGGAAGUGAGGAGGAUGUGUUGGCCUACGCCGCGGCGCGGUGGCCGCAAGAGUUUGGUACCGCACAACACGCGGAUCAGGAUUUCUACAUUCGCUCGGCGGUUUCGAAAAUCUCGCUGAUUCCUUCUCUCACCGGCAAGCGUACGGUCAUCGCCACGCGUGGGGCGAUGAGCACCAUUAUCGCUUGCGGUGAACGCAUUUUGGAGGUGGAGGUGGCACCGAUACCAGAAAAUGAAAUUGUCGACCUUAAUGGGGCCGGUGAUGCCUUUGUGGGUGGGUUUCUUGCACAACUGAUGACAUCGAUAGACAACAUUGAUGCUGAUCAUCUUAUUCGUAGUGUCUCGAUUGGGCACAAGGCUGCCCAGAAUUGCAUACAACACAAUGGGGCCACAUUGGGUGGACAUCCACCAGCCGUAGAAAGCACUUGA